CUUUCUGCAGUGUAGUUGCGCGUUGAAGGAACUUUGUCAUUCGAUUCCUUGCACUUGCAAAUCAACCAAAGACUGAUCCCAAAACACACUGCCGUUAUUCCUGUCCAAAAUGGUUAAGAUAUUUGUUGGCAAUGUAGCUUCAGCAACCACCGAAGACGAGCUCCGUGCUUUGUUUGAGAAGUAUGGUGCCGUGUCCGACUGUGACAUUCUGAAAAACUAUGGCUUCGUGCACAUGGAUGAGGAAGAGGCGGCGCAGAAGGCGGUCUCUGCUUUGCACAAGCACGAGGUCAAUGGCUCCCGCAUCACCGUCGAGUACGCCACCACCAAGGUACGCAAUGCCACCAAGAUCUACGUGGGCAAUGUUCCCAAAGGUGUUACCGCUGGCAAAAUCAAGGAGCUCUUCCAGCCGUUCGGCAAGGUGGUGGAGUGCGAUAUUGUGAAGAAUUAUGCAUUCGUUCACAUGCAGAGGGAAAGCGAGGCUCUGGAGGCCAUUUCAAAGCUUAACAACUCCAAAUUGGAGGGCCAAAAGAUAUUUGUGUCCGUCUCCCGCAAUAACCCAUCCAGAAACGGCCGAGAGGAGGACUAUUUUCCUCCUCCGCCGCAUCACUAUUCACCUCACCCACACCACCAUCCUCACUCUCCCCCACGCCAGCCGCCCCGUGACUACUAUCCACCCCGUGGCCGACUUCCACCCCCUCCUCUUCCACCGCCGCCACCCCGCGCCUACUAUGAGCGAGAUGUGUAUGAGAGGGACCCUCGCCACGACCCGUACGCUGCCCCAUCACCGCGUUUUUACGAUCGGAAUCCAUACGACCGGUUCAUUCCGCCCCCUCCACGACCGGUCACGCCUCCUCUGGCUGCUCGCUACUACCGUGAGCGCAGCCCUCUUGGCGGUCGCCGCUCUCUCCUGCCUCCGCCUCCCCCUCCACCCUCUUCUUCCGGCUUUGCCCGGGGUUUCGCCCGCAACGGCGCUAGCUCUGCACCCCCUCCCCCUACAGCCGCUCCUUCCUCCCACUAUCAGCGCUACUCUCUCGGCUCAGGCUUUGAUAAGGAUGAUUAUUUGGAGGACAAGUACAGCAAUGGCUUCAGCCGUAGCUACUAAGCACUGAAGUUUGUCCGUCCCCUUAUUUUAGGAGCUGGGUAAUCUAAGAGGGGCUUACCAUCAGGGAGUUGGGGAGAAGUUUUGUAUUAUUCUGUGAUAGUUGUAGCUAUUUUAGAUAACGGGUCAAUCAGCUAAUACUGUACUCAUUUAACUAAUAAAUUUACCUCUGACCGAUGAAGGAACCGCAAAUAGGAAUUUUGAUAGCAUGUUACGAUGUAUUGUUUUUGCCGGGUUUAACUAUUUUUCUAUAAAUAAUUGCUUGUUCUUUUUUUUUUUCUUCUCCUUUAAAUCAAAUCGUACAUUUUAAGUUCAUUUUACUCUGGCAUGCACUUCAGAAAUACAAAAGAAUGCUUGGAGAUAUAUCUCCAAUUUAUUAUUUUUUUCAACAUGCGUAGUCUACCCAAUAAGAAAUUUGUCGUGUUGAAUGUUUACCUGUUUUCUGUUUGGUAUUUAAGAAUAUUCGAAUUUUUCGGUUUUCACUUUCAUUUCCAUGAGACAGAGUUAAUUUGGAAGUAAUUAGAAUUUUCACUAAGGGGCUCCAUAAACAAGUUUUAUACAGCUUUUUUUUAUUUUAUUCUCAUCUGUUGACUACCUUGGUCUAGGCAAAUGAACUUACUAUGGUGUUGUUAGAAGUAAUGCUGGAUCUAAUUGAGACCAGUGGGAAGGAACAGAGAGGAAAUGGGUAAAGAGGAUGUUGUGGGCAGAACUAUAUGCUAACUGACUGAUCAACCAAUCAAUCACAUCUUACCGGCUUACCGAACACAUCGCAUCUACCAGCCGCUCAACUUUCGGAUCCGCUGCCGCAUCGGAUAAAGCACCAGCGGUCGAAGGAAGAAAAACGACCGACCAACCGCCUAAUAAAUUAAAAACAACACGGAAUCAUUAGUGCAAUAUCUACACUGUAUUGCGAAAUCUCGUUGUAUUAGACAAAUAGCUGAUUUGCAAACUCAGAGAGAGUUUUUAAAGAUUAUAAAGACUUAUUGACAUCUCAAUGGACGUGCUUGUGAUUGAAAAUAUUACUGAAUACUCAACAUUGUUUCCUGUCCUACUUGUACUACUGCUGUUUGCCUAUUGUGAGCGUACACUUGUUUUUAAACUGUACAUUUGUAAAAAGCCUGUUUUCUCGACUGUUCAUCCGAAACCGCUCUCUUGAUCAUAUUGUCCACUCGAGCAGCUUCGAAACUCAUGCUUGUUUUGAUUUAAACCUAUGAAAACAGAUUCCUGUUCUACCAGUCGCUGUCAUCUUGCCGCCUGAAUAAAAAUUCGACUGACUUAAGAUGGAA